AUUGGCUACAUUUGACACACCUCUACAAAGGUCAAGGACGUAAUGGCUUCUGUAGCCAAAUGUUGUACUCGUAUUUACAGAGGAUUUUCUAGUGUUGUACGGGAUAAAAUUACGAUAAGAAAUGGAAAUAUUCACAAACAGCCCAGGCGAUAUUUGAAGACAAAGGAAGGCAAGAAGGCAGAUUUUGGUUUCCUUUUCGAUAUUGAUGGCGUAUUUGUCAGAGGGAAAAAGGUGCUGCCCCAAGCCAGGGAUGCUAUCAGACUUCUGGUUGAUGAGAAGGGGAAAUUCAGGCACCCUGUCCUUUUUGUCACAAAUGCAGGCAAUACUCUCCGGCAGAACAAGGCCGAAGCCCUAUCAGGAUGGCUUGAUGUGGAGGUGGUGGCAGACCAGGUUGUGAUGUCCCACAGUCCUCUGCGGAUGUUCACUCAGUUCCAUGACAAACAUGUGCUAGUGUCAGGACAGGGUGGGGUGGUCGAUAUAGCCAAGGGCCUUGGCUUCACAAACAUCUGCACCAUGGACACUUUACGGCAGGCCUUUGUACAUCUCGAUAUGGUAGAUCAUAAUAGACGGAAACCUGCGCCAUGUGCGUUUGAAGAAUUUUUCCCAAGAAUUGAAGCUGUGAUACUCUUUGGUGAGCCAGUGCGAUGGGAGACCAACUUACAGCUCAUUAUCGAUGUGCUCUUGUCCGAUGGGAAACCUUGUGUAGCACCCAAGGAAAUCCCAUACCCACAUCUACCAGUGCUGGGCUGCAACAUGGACCUGCUGUGGAUGUCAGAGGCUUGCAUGCCCAGAUUUGGCCAUGGGUGUUUUUUACACAGUUUAGAAAGUCUCUAUCAGAAAAUCUCAGGACGUGAGCUAAAAUACACAGCACUGGUGGGAAAACCAAGUGAGUUGACGUAUCACCAUGCAGACUAUCUUCUGUAUCAGCAGGCCCUCAAAAUGGGGAUAAAGGGCAUUCACACCAUAUACUGUGUGGGGGACAAUCCGGAGUCAGAUAUAUACGGAGCCAAUCUGUACAACAAGUACCUUGAAAAGCGCGUACAACAGCGGGUGAAGAAACCAGUGCAUCAAGUGGUUGGCUCACAUGCCCCGGAAUAUGACUCGGAUUCAGAAUUUGAAAGUGAUUUACCCGAUGAGCUGAGUGGUGUUUACGCCAAGUCUUGUCAAUCCAUACUGGUCUGCACUGGUGUAUAUUGUUCAUCACGAGACUAUGUGACGUAUGGCCGCCCACGCUCAUCCAACCACAAUCAUCGAGAUUUCGUGCUUGACCCAGUUUUGACUCAACCCAUGUAUGUGACUCAAAAUGUAUACGAAGCCGUAAAACUCGUGUUUGAAAAAGAGAAGGUUGUUCUGCCUAGUAGUUGAUGAUGGUUAUCACUUAGGAUUCCAGCAGACAUUGAUAAUCGUAUGUGAUGUAACUCUUAGGAUUCAAGCAGAGAUUGAUUAUCUCAUGUGAUGUAACUGUGAACAAAAUUUAGUGAAAGUUAACCUGUUUCUUUCCUUUGAUUUUUUUAUUUGUAAAUAAAAAUUAUGCACUUACUGGAAUUAUGGCAACACACAGAUGCUUUUAGGAAAAUCAAAACUGUUUGUAUGUAUGCAAUUAUAUUAUUUAUUGAAAUGUUUUCCAACUUUUGAAGACUGCUUAUUCUAGUGUGCUCUAUUGUUAUAUGAUUUUUCUUUUUGUUUUUAUGUGAAAAAAAAAUCAAGCUACAGUCAUCUUGAUAGUGCUUACAACACACUCAUCCAAUAAGUAUUCCUAAUCUGUAUGGUAAACAAAACUCUUUUUAUGUUUUUAAAGUGCUGUUUUUAUUUGAUUUCAAACUGUCUUUUUUUCGAGUUUGAGGUCAUGUCCUUCUUGCCUAAAUAGAACCAAUGAGAUUCCCAAAUGGUUUUAUUUUACUGAUGUUUCCCAAUGAAUCUCUGGAAUAAUUUAUAUUUUCAAAUAUAAUGCAGAUCUGUGGUAAUAGUAUUUCAUUUUGAGGUUUGUAGAUUGCAUCUUGAUAUGAUAACAUGUAUUAUGUCCUCUGCAAACUUUAUAUGCAAUUUUAUUACCAUACAUUUUGUGAUGAAUUUAUAAUGGGUCUGUUCUAUUUUUAAUUUAUGCACUAUGCUUUAAUGGCUGUUAUGCUUUGUUAUCCUAUUUAUAUGCCCUUCUCUCGACGGGACUUAUUUUAGGAACACCCUUGGCAGAUGGAGGGUUGGGCGGAUGGAGUUAAUUGUUUCCAACAGCUAACUCAUACAGUUUUCAUUAAAUCUUCACCAAACUUUGUUCAAAUGUUGUUGUUUUUUAUUGAACAUAUAGGCUGAGUAAGAUAAUCUGCUUAUUUGCAUGAGGCUUUUAAUAGAUAUUGCCCUUUAUUUGUUAAAAAAGAAAACUGCGGAAAGCAGUGUUGCACCCCAUGUGGUCAAUUUUUUACAUGUGGUGUGUAUUUGUGUCCAUGACCUUGUUUUUAUAUGUUUUUUUUCAAGGCACCUUUUCUCUGCGUUUUUAAUUAGUUUGUUAAAAUAAUCAAAUCUUCAUUUACACAAGUUGUUUAGACUACAUUACCUAUUAAGUGAUUAAAAUAUUGUUGUUUUUAUUGUUGUUGUUAUGUGUCAACUUUUAUUUGUCUCUCUGAACAUUAUUUAUUUGGUCAAGAAAGUUUCAUGUGUGCUUUAACUCUUUUCUUUAUUUUGAAAAGUUAUAAAUGUAUCUAUUCAGUAUUGCAGCUAGUAUGAACUCAAUUUAAGAUGUCAGUAAAACAAAUAUUAUUUGUUGACAAGAAUUUUCGUUGAUUUUCAUAUGUGUGCUCCAUUUUAAUGAAUUUGUUAACUUGCUUAUAACAAAAUAAAUUGAACAUAUAAUGUAUUUAAUUCGCCAAAAACAUAUAUAGUAAAUAUUUUUAAAAGCACAGGGAAAAUUUAAUUUAAUUAAUAAAAAGAACUUUAAGAAUAUAAAGAAAGAAGUCACUACUUCAAACUAUCUGGCUAUCAUUUUCAAUCACCUAUUUAUACAUUUAUAUUGAUUUUCAUAUAAUAAAGCAAUUACAGAUAUUUUUAUCUUCUGCAUUAUUAUGUUAAUAGCACUUGUUGAGCAUUUUCUUUGCCUUUGUAUUCCUGGCUUCACAUCAAUCCACAACUAUCUGGAAUUAUCAACACAAUUUGUUAAAGUAAUAUUUAUUUUUUAAAGAAAGUCAUAAAAAAGAUCUGACUAAUUGUUUUAUCAUACUAUAUUUUACUUAGUUUGUUAAGAAAAUUUGUAUGCUAGAUAAAGGCUCUGAACUCUGUAAAAAAUAUUUGUAUGAAAUAACAAUUUGUGGCAGAUUCAUCAGUCUGAGAACAUUAUAUGACGUAACGACUCUUCAUCAUCAUCAUUAUCUUACCUUGUCACCCAUUUGGCCUGAAAUUAUGCAGGGUCAUUCCAAUCAAUGUCUUUUUCUUCAGGUAUGUUUAUAACACAGAGACAUUUUCUUGUGCUCAAGUCUGUUAUGUAUAUUAAAAAAAUUCAUAGUCAUUUUGUUGUGAACAGCAAGACACAACAUUUCUAUAUACAUUUUCAAGAGGUUAGUGGGGUUUAAUUGAAUUUCUAAAAGUAAAAUCAUGGUGAAAAGUCUUAGAAUGCAUCUUUCUGAUUUUUGUUUUGAUAUAUAUUAAUUCUUAAAAUAUUUAUUACAAUAUUGUUCAAUUCAUUUAUAAAUGAAUAUAACACUGACCCCUGUAUUUGUAUUCCUAACUUGCUCUUGAAAUACUAGUUUGUUUGUGUGUUGUUGUUGUUGUUGUUCGGGGGUUGGGGGGGGGGGGGGGGGGCAAAUUUUUGAAGCUGUUGCUGUUAAGAUUUUUCAGAGCAUCUUUGUUUAUUCUGAAAAUUGAUCAUAUUUUGAGAUUGUGUUAGUGUUAGUGCUUGUCAAAGAUUUUUAUUUUAUGAUGGUAUCAUGUUCCAUUUUUAGCUCGGCUGUUUUCAAAGAAAACCCGAGGUAUUGUCAUAGCCAGCUCGUCGUCUGGCGUCGUGCUAAAACCUUUACAUUUUGUUAACCUUUUAAACAUUGGCUCUAAAAUCAAAGUGCUUCCACCUACAACUUUGAAACUUCAUAUGAAGAUGCACCUUGAUGAGUUCUACACGCCAAACCCAUUUUGGGUCACUAGGUCAAAGGUCAAGGUCACUGUGACCUCUUAAUAAAAUAAAUUCUGACAGGCUUUCAUUUAUUCAAAACUGCACCCGCAGCCAAGUGUUGGCACCCGUUAUGCGGUGCUCUUGUUUACUAUGUUGAAAUAAAACAUUUAAGUUUUAAGUAUUUAUUGAAAUGCUGUACCAGGUUAUCAGUAUGUGUAAUUCCUAUUGAUACAAACAAUGGCAGGGCUUUCUUUAUCUUGUGCAAUUUUAAAUGUAAUUGAUCUUAGUUAUGCUUACCGGUAUACUAUUUGGAAGAUGUGACAGUGUUAAGCUGUUUCAACUUCAAUUCUAACAUUUUCAGUACAUUCAGUACAUGAAUACAUUUCAAUUAGCUGGUUUGAGGUCAGUUUAUUUUCAUAAGGUGUUUUUAUGGCACA